GGUUCCGUGAAACAGGUAACGUCAAUUGACGUCUGCAAAGGAUAGUGACUCAAACAUGCGUCAGGGUCCGUGUACACAGUGGUGUAACCACAUCUUCUUCAUCUCAAAUUCUGCAGGGAAGGGGAACUGAGCCGUUGAGACACUUCGUGAAAAUGAAUAAUAAAUAUGGCAUAAUAAUAUUUCCAUUGUAAAUAAAUCUAAGAUACAAGGAUUUAGCACACGGACGAACUAAAAAAUGAUGCCUUAAGGCAAGAAUGCAGUUUUGGAUAAGUUGCUAUUAUUAGCUGUUAUUUUAGGCAGUUAACAGCACGAUUCUGUGGAGCUCCUGCGUCAGACUUUACGUUCGAUAGUCUGCAUGUCAAUUUCAGCCCGGGCGGUUGCUUUGUGAUUUCGCAUCCUCGCGCGCGCAGGAGCUGGAUGACUGUAUGAAGACAGGUUUCUCACAUUGUAGCCAACUCGCUGUUCCACGCACGGUUCUGAGUGUUAUUUACCUGGUUGCUUUGAUAUAAAGACAUCGGAGGUUAUCCCAUAUAAACACCAUAUAAGGGACCAGGACCAGAGAAAGGAACCCGCCCACCUCCCUCUCACACGAAGGGUCUAACGGCCCGCGGACCCAAGCUCCAGCUCUCCUGCACGUCCGGGUCUGAGGCCUACCCCCCCCGGUUUUUUGGACUGCCACCCACAGUACCCCCCUUUCUCCCUGACUGCUUGCCCCCUGCCCCCCAGCCCUCCCGAUGCCGAAGAACAGCAAGGUGACCCAGCGCGAGCACAGCAAUGAGCACGUCACCGAGUCGGUGGCCGACCUCCUGGCCCUGGAGGAGCCCAUGGACUACAAGAGCAGCGUGAUGAACGUGGGCGGGGCCGCCGGGGGCCCCGCCCUCAAGGUGAAGGAGCCCGACGACACGCCCGACGACGGCGACGGCCGCCCGGCCUGGAACAGCAAGCUGCAGUACAUCCUGGCCCAGGUGGGCUUCUCCGUCGGCCUGGGCAACGUGUGGCGCUUCCCCUACCUGUGCCAGAAGAACGGCGGAGGAGCGUACCUGGUGCCAUACUUCAUCCUCCUCAUCCUCAUCGGGAUCCCGCUCUUCUUCCUGGAGCUGGCAGUGGGCCAGCGGAUCCGACGCGGAAGCAUCGGCGUGUGGAACUACGUCUGCCCGCGGCUGGGCGGGAUCGGUGUGUCCAGCCUGAUGGUGUGUGGCUUUGUGGGGCUCUACUACAAUGUCAUCAUUGGGUGGAGCAUCUUCUACUUCUUCCAGUCCUUCCAGUACCCACUGCCCUGGAGCGAGUGUCCAAUCAGGAGGAACGGAACACAGGCCAUCGUGGAGCCGGAGUGCGACAAGAGCUCGGCGACGACGUACUUCUGGUACCGCCAGACGCUGAACAUCACCAGCACCAUCGCCGACAGCGGCGGCCUCAACUGGAGGAUGACCCUGUCCCUGCUGGCCGCCUGGGUCAUCGUCUGCCUGGCCGUCAUCAAGGGCAUCCAGUCCUCCGGCAAGGUGAUGUACUUCAGCUCUCUCUUCCCCUACGUGGUGCUCUUCUGCUUCCUGGUUCGGGGGCUUCUGCUGAAGGGGGCAGUGGAUGGCAUUGCUCACAUGUUCACCCCCAAGCUGGAGAAGAUGCUGGAGCCGCAGGUGUGGAGGGAGGCCGCCACGCAGGUGUUCUUCGCCCUGGGCCUCGGGUUCGGGGGGGUCAUCGCCUUCUCCAGCUACAACAAGCGCGACAACAACUGCCACUUCGACGCCAUGCUGGUCUCCGUCAUCAACUUCAUCACCUCCAUACUCGCCACCCUGGUGGUGUUCGCCGUGCUCGGCUUCAAGGCCAACAUCAUGAACGAGAAGUGCGUCGUCGAGAACGCGGAGAAGAUCCUGGGGUACCUGAACUCCAACGUGCUGAGCCACGACCUCAUCCCCCCGCACGUGAACUUUUCGCACCUGUCCACCCCGGACUACGCGGAGAUGUACAGCGUGAUAAAGACGGUGCGGCAGGACGACUUCGCCAAGCUGGGCCUGGACCCCUGCCUGCUCGAGGACGAGCUCAACAAGGCAGUGCAGGGGACAGGUCUGGCCUUCAUAGCCUUCACAGAGGCCAUGACCCACUUCCCCGCCUCCCCCUUCUGGUCCGUCAUGUUCUUCUUCAUGCUCAUCAACCUGGGCCUGGGCAGCAUGAUCGGCACCAUGGAGGGCAUCACCUCACCUAUCCUGGACACCUUCAAAGUCCGCAAGGAGAUUUUAACAGUGUGCUGCUGCAUCACGGCGUUUCUCUUAGGCCUCCUCUUCGUGCAGCGGUCAGGGAACUACUUUGUCACCAUGUUUGACGACUACUCUGCCGGCCUUCCGCUCACCAUCGUGGUCAUCCUGGAGAACAUCUCAGUGGCCUGGAUCUACGGCACCAAGAGGUUCAUGCAGGACCUGGAGGACAUGCUGGGCUUCCGGCCGUACCGCUUCUACUUCUACAUGUGGAAGUACGUGUCUCCGCUGUGCCUGCUCGUGCUCAUCGGCGCCACCGUCAUCGAGAUGGCCAUCAGCCCGCCGGGCUACAACGCCUGGGUGCAGGACCUGGGUGCGGAGCAGUUCAAGAGCUACCCGCCGUGGGCGCUGGCCAUGUGCUUCGCCCUCAUCAUCGUGGCCAUGCUGCCCCUGCCCAUCGUCUUCAUCGCCCGCCAGUUCAACCUGAUGUCGGACGGCUCCAACAAGCUGUCGGUGUCCUACCGGAAGGGCUGCAUGAUGAAGGACAUGUCCAACCUGGAGGAGCACGACGAGACGCGCUUCAUCCUGAGCAAGAACCCCAGCGAGACGCCCUCCCCCAUGCCCACCCACCGGUCCUACCUGGGCCCCGGGAGCACCUCCCCCCUGGAGCCCGCAAACCUCGCCCCCACCGGCCGCUACGGCACCGGCUACCAGAACGCCACCACGCCAGAGUCCGAGCUAUGAUCCCGACCCCGCCCUGACCCUGCCCCAGCCCCGUCCCCUUCAGGCAGGAUGACACGCCCCUUCCUCAAACCAGAGAGUUCAGCCAGGGCGUGCUGAGGAACGCCCCCAUCUCACUCCCUACCCUCAGAGCCCUCAUCCAGCACCCCCCAAUCUGCCAAAACCCCCCCCCCCCCCCCCCGCCGCGCACCCACCUCAGAAUAAAGCUGCCUGUGGGACCCGGAGCCUGGUCUGUGUGGCUCCAAUCAGAGUCCAGUCUGUUACUGAGCCCCCAGCUGCCAGCUCUCAGUCUCUGCUGGCCCAUAGCACAGCUCCAGCAUUCCCAUUAUAGCACAGCUCCAGCAUUCCCAUUAUAGCACAGCUCCAGCAUUCCCGUUAUAGCACAGCUCCAGCAUUCCCAUUAUAGCACAGCUCCAGCAUUCCCAUUAUAGCACAGCUCCAGCAUUCCCGUUAUAGCACAGCUCCAGCGUUCCCAUUAUAGCACAGCUCAAGCAUUCCCGUUAUAGCACAGCUCCAGCAUUCCCGUUAUAGCACAGCUCCAGCAUUCCCAUUAUAGCACAGCUCCAGCAUUCCUGUUAUAGCACAGCU